AUUAACCCGGUGGCUUCCGGCCGAGAUCCGUGAGAUUUCUCCUUUCUGCUUUCUUUUUCCGGUGAGAGAUUUCUCCUCCUGCUUUCAGACCCAAACAAGAACCCAUUGAAUACCCCGGUGUGCGGGAGUGAGAGAUCGGCUUUGGCGAAGAGAUAGACAUUCCGCGUGAUUUUUGUUGCAGCCAGCAAGAGAGACAGAGGGGAGCCCAUAAAGGAAGGGAGAGAUAGAGUGGAAAAAAUGUCAAAUGUGACAAUCUCUGUGCGUUUUAGGCCUUUAAAUUCAAGUGAGAGAAGAGGUUAUGAUGAUGCUAUAUGCUUUCAGGCCUUAGAUGCUAAGUCUUUUUGGUUCACGGAUGAGAAGGAGGAUGAUGUUCUCUUUUGCUUUGAUAAAGUGUUUUACCCAGAUUGUGGACAAGCAGAUGUCUAUGAGUUCCUUGCAAUGCCUAUUAUUGGAGAUGCCAUGAACGGAAUAAAUGGAACGAUCAUUACCUAUGGACAAACUGGAGCAGGAAAGACAUACAGCAUGGAGGGCCCCAAUAUAUUCGACUGUGAUGAGCAUGACAAAGGACUACUUCAGCGUGUUGUGGAUGGGCUUCUUGAAAGCUUGAAAUCUUCAACAGAUAUGGCUAAGUGCACGCUCAAGUUGUCAAUGGUGGAAAUCUAUAUGGAUAAGAUAAGAGACCUUUUUGAUUUAUCAAAAGAUAACCUCCAAAUUAAGCAGGGAAAAAACCAAGAGAUGUACAUUUCUGGGGCAACAGAGAUCUCUAUCUCGAAUGCUUUGGAAGCCAUGCGCAGUCUUUCUCGGGGAAUUGCCAAUAGAGCUGUUGGAGAAACACAAAUGAAUCUGGCCAGUAGUAGAAGCCACUGCUUGUACAUAUUUUUAGUUCAAAGGGAAUCUGUUACUGAUGGGAGGAUGAGAACUGGAAAAAUUGUUCUUGUCGAUUUAGCUGGUUCUGAGAAGGUUGAAAAAACUGGUGCUGGAGGAAGAAUCCUUGACGAGGCCAAGAAGAUAAACAAGUCCCUGUCAUCCCUGGGCAAUGUAAUCAAUGCUCUAACAACUGGCAAAACAAGCCACAUACCUUAUCGUGACUCGAAACUUACCCGCAUUCUACGAGAUGCACUAGGUGGGAAUUCAAGAACUGCAUUGCUGUGCUGCUGCUCUCCUAGCCCUUCAAAUGCUUCAGAAAGCCUGUCCACUCUUCGCUUUGGCACUAGAGCAAAGCUUAUAAAGACACCAUUAAUAGCCAUUGCUAGUGAACAAAAAGACAACAUCGAAAAAACUACCCCAAACAACUCACAUGACAGAGUUUUGGAAAAUUUGAGGAUGCAUCUCUCAGAGGAAGAUGUGGAUCUGUUGGAGGAAUUGUUUAUGAUGAAAGGCAUCUCUUUCGAUCCUCAGUCCCCUGAAGACAUUGAAUCAGCAUAUGAUGAUGUCACCUUCCAGAUAAUUUCAUCAGUGCAGCAAGCUGUGGAAGAUCUCAGAGACAUGGCAGAGCAGUUAACAAGAGAGAACAGUGCACUGAAGGCGGAGAAUAAUGCACUGAAGGCGGAACGUGCUUCUCACCAGAUGGAUUUAAACCAUUUCAAUGUUGAAGAAAUGCCAUCUUUCUUUGGCAUAAUCACAAUUGGCAUAGUCAUGGGUAUUAUUGUUUUUUCAUGUCCUUUAUUUUUACUCCUUGUGUUGAGAAGGUGAAGCUAGGGAUAUUUUGGAAGCAGAUGUACCAAAUCCAAUGAGAAGGGAAAUAUACCCAAAUUAGCUGUUCGUAGAACAUGUACCUCAAUACAACAGUUGGUUCUAAAAAGGCUGGAACUGAGUCAGGAUGCAUAGAGAAGAUUAUUUUCGUAGUCAAAGCUGAUUUUCUUGUUAAUAUCUUGUUAUUUCUUGGAUCUCCCUUGCUUUAUCUUUUAUACCUUUGCUGGUUGAGCCA